AUGAAAGUGGGAGAAAAGGAAAAUAUUGGACUUUCUACAGCAGAUGCAUUAAAAAAACUUCACGAUGAUAUUGCUACGGUGCUGGAAAACUUUCAGAAUAGAAAAAAUAAAAAACUUCCAAAGGAUAAGAACGAAAUUCUUCCAAGCUAUUCAAUUUUUAUCACACUGCUGGUAGUUAUUGGUUUGAUUUAUACAUCAUUCUACUUCACUGGAGUUUUAUUGUUUCUAAUCCUUGUGUUGAAUGUUGUAUUUGUUCAUCGUGAGGAGAAAUUGAAAAAAACAGAACUCAAGAGAAAAGCUGAACAAUUAUUAGAAGAAAUUAACUUAAGUGUAAUAUUGUCUAAAGAUUGGAAGAGUAUAAAUUACCCUCAUUUGUAUUCACCAUUAUCGCCAUGCAUUAGUUUAGUCUGGACAUAUCGUGAUAAUGAAUUAGUCAAUCUUCCAACUGCGUUGCUUGUUGAAGGCGACCAUAUCGUAAUGCGAUUGGGAAUGCAUUCCCCGGGUAGUUGUAGUCAAUUAGUAAAAGAUUGUAAUAGUAAAACAACAAAAACAAGGAAAUUCAAGUUGGGUGAUUCAUAUGGUUUAAAUUCACAUCCAAGUGAACCUCUGAUAAAACCUAAAGCUGUUCAGCCGCUUCCAGAUAUCAUUUGUAUGAUGGAGCACACACCAUAUGUCGAUAAUCUUAAAGCAUCUUUGGAAAAGUUUCUCGAUCGACCACCAACAAUUCAUAAUCGUCAAAGACAUAUUCUAACAAAUCAUUAUAUGCAACGUUAUAUUUUUGUUUUAACAUUAAUUCUUAUCUUAACAACCAUAACAUUGCGAGCUUUCGACAGUUAUUACAUCAAAGGUAAAGUUCAUCACACAACUUGGUACAAUAUUGGAGUGUUGAAUUGCGUUUCAUCUUUAAUUUCACUUCUGCCUUUGAUAUUUCCAUUGAUUUGGAUAAAUUUACAUCAUUGGGGAACGGCUCGUUUGGAGACACUUCUGUCAAUUCCACAGCCACUCAUGCAUACUGAGAAACUGAAAUCGUCACCAGAAAUGAUGGACACGCCGACAUCAGGUGACAUGGAUCUUCCAAUACUCCCAAGAAGACAAGUUUGGUGCAAUUAUUUAAGCCUUUUAAAUGGAAGUUGUGAAUUGUUAAGUCGAUCAACGAAUAUUGUUCAAAUUUUGGGAUCAAUUUCUGCUUUCUGUUGUGUUGAUAAGAAAGGAAUUUUAAGCUGGCCGAAUCCAACACCAGAAAAAGUUUUCUUCUUAACCGAUUCGACGACAGCCAAUUCGAAGAGUUCAAGUGAAUGCAGUUUGGAGUCGGAAAUCAGUAAUGAGCAAUCAAAAGUUACAGCAGAAGUUCUCGACAUAACGCAUGAUCAAAAUAGUCCUUUUAAGCUUGAAUUUGAUGAUCAUGAAUGGAAGAAUUAUAUAAAUUCUUUGAAACCUUUAGGUCUUGCAAUUUUAGUUAACACAUGCUGUGAAAAGACACAAUUUUCUUAUUCAAAGUUUUGUGGUCACAUAACUGCAUCAUCUUUGAUUGAUAAGAAUUUAGUGCCCGCAACAAACCGGUAUGCAACUUCAGACUAUGAUUUAUGUGCUAGUUUUAUGCAUGGUCGAUGUCUUUGCGAACUUGCACGUCAAAUUGGCUUUCAACCGCAAGCCAAAAAUAUUUUUAAUCUUGAAGCUCAAAUUUCAAGCUAUCGACAUUUACAACCAGAAGUCAUUCGACGUGAUAUUCGCUUCACAAAAUCCCUUCAUUUAGCAUCAAAGAUCAAAGUUCCAUUUCCUCACAGUCUCAGUGUUGUUGUGAAGGAAGCUCAAGGCGGAUUACAGUUGUUGACACAAGGAACGGCUGACAUUAUUUUAGACAGUUGCGAUGAUUUCUGGAGUGGAAGAGAUUUGCGACCUUUGAAGGAAGAAGAACGUAAACGAGCGCAAGAUUUUUAUCAGAGAAAUGCUUUGACUGCUUAUUGUACAGCAUUUUCAUAUCGUCCUUUAAGACAUGGAAUAACUGGAAUACUUGCUGGUCCAAAGUCCAACGAUUUGCUUCAUCAAGACGAAGUUGCUUAUCUUGAACUUCCACCUGAAUCAUUUGACGUUGCUCGUCAUAACGAUAACUAUCAAUGUGAUUAUGAAGGGCAUUCCUUGUCACAUUCAAUCAGCUCCGAUUCUCUUCUCUUCUCUGACAACAAAGAAGAGUCAGUUAACGAUGUUGAAGGAUGUUUUGAAAUGCAAUGUCAUCAGAUAUUUAUUGGAAUGGUGACGAUGCAAUAUCAAGCACAAACUGACAUUGUUCAAUUGAUUGAGAAGUUUGAAAGAGCUUGCAUAAGAUUUGUUCAUUUUAGUAAAGAGAAUGAACUUCGAUCUCGUGUGUUUAGUGAGAAAAUGGGACUUGAAUCAGGUUGGAAUUGUCACAUAUCACUUCUUGCACCCGAGGAACAAAGCACAGUUUCGUCACCGAAACAUUCACGACAAUUAGAUGGAUCACCAUUUGUCAACAUUGAAAUGAAUGCAGAACUAGAUUGCGAAUAUUCACGUUUACUUCCACAAUCAAACUUCGAAGCAUCAAAAGCUUUAAGUUCGUCUGCACCUUGCGCCAUUUCAAAUCCUGAUGCGACGACAAAUUAUCAAGAAAAGAAUGAAAAAGAUUCGAGAAGAAGUUCAUUGUCGAAAGAUUCAGUCAUUGAUGGACAACCAAAUGAAGACAUGAACAAUCAAUCGUUAAGCUGCACAACUGACAGUUCAGAACAAAGUGCAACUCAAAUGCCAUAUUUGUCAAACCGUGCAAAACUUCCACGUGGCAUUAAAAAUAUUGAGCCACACAUUCAGAAUGUCGACAAUGUUCCAUUAUUGGUUUCGUUAUUCACUGAUUGCUCUCCAGAAGCGACACAAGAAAUGCUACGAAUAAUGCAAUCGCAUGGUGAAGUUUGUGUCGUUAUGGGAUCGUCAGCGAAUGCGAAUUCAAACACAAAUAUUUUUUUGCAAGCCAACUGUGCAAUUGGAUGUGAGCCGCUUUAUCCACAAGUCUGUCAAAAUUAUCCAGCAUACACUGAAUCAAAUAUUUAUAAUAACAAACAAUUGUAUCUCAAGCAUCAACCAGCUAAAAACUGGUUUGAAUAUUCAAAAAGUGUCACAAUAUCACCGGUUUACAUAAGUCGAAUGUUGAAUUCACUUCCAUGCUCGAUUUCUGUUUGUCGUGAUGAUCCGAUAUCGAUUUUGGGAUUAAUUGAACUUGCGAGACGCUUUUCUAUUGGAUUAUGGAAUUGUGUGCAAUUUUGGUGCUGUUCGGCAGUGAUGUUUUCAAUCUUAAACUUAUUAAGUUGUGCUAUAAGUCUUCCACCAAUUUUAUCACCAGAUUGGUCUUUAUAUUUGAUGCUGUUCGUCGUAUGUCCAUUGGCAAUUUCACUCGUAAGAGUUGAGCCGAAUAGUGAAAUUAUGAAUCGCGCAUGUGGAAGGAAACCUUCGAAUUCAAUUGAUAUCAACACUUUCUUGUUAAUCUUGUGGUUCUACGGAACAAAGUUUAUUGUCUCGGUCAUCAUUAUCAUAAUUGUGUACACUUUUACAGUUGAUCACGUUUUUGAUUUUGUUGACGAAGAAGAUGAAAACUUUCUAUUAGAUUUAAAUUUGGCACGAUGCUUUACGGUGUUCGCUUUGACACUUCACCUUGUUGUCAUAUCUUCAACAUUUGUCCAUCGUGAACAUUCUUUAUGGAGCAAAAAUCCAAUAAGUAAUGUCUGUUGGCUCGUCACUUCAUGCACAAUUUUAAUAUUCCAUGUUUUGCUUCUUAUUUGUCAACUGACAAUUAAUAAUCACAACUUUAAUGCGAUGGGAAAUAAAUGGCCGGUAUUAUUCUUGUUGAUAAUUUCAACAUUUUUAAUAAUCGCUUUUGCUGAACUUUAAAAGCAAUCUGAAAUUGUUCCUUCAUUUAUGGAGUUUGAAGGAGUUUGGGCUGACGAUAUGAAACGAAAUUUCCUUCAACAUAUGAAAGUGAUUGAAAAUUUCAUUACACCACAAGAUGAAUCUGAUUUACUGAUUGAAAUCGAACCAUAUUUAAAACGGAUGAGAUAUGAACGUGAUCAUUGGGAUGAUGCGAUUCAAGGGUUUCGUGAGACUGAGAGGAAAUCUUGGUAUCCUCAGAAUAAAUUAAUUAUCAAUAAAAUAAUUGAAACAGCUUUCCCAGACUCUUCUCAUACACUUCCCCACAUUCAUGUUUUAGAUUUAGAAGCAACAGGUUUCAUCAAGCCACACGUCGACUCAGUCAGAUAUUGUGGAACGACUAUAAGUGGAAUAUCACUGCUAUCUGAUUCUGUAAUGAAAUUAGUUCAAACAUCAGAAGAUCAUUCAACAUCUGACGACUAUCGUAAUCAGCCGAAAACAUCUGAAAAUAAAAAUGAAAAUUUGUGUUCGGUGAAAGUAUUGCUGAAAAGACAUUCUUUGUAUAUCAUGUCACAGACAGCUCGCUACAAUUUCACUCAUGAAAUUCUAAAAAAUGAGGAGAGUUUCAUACAUCAAAAGAAGAUCGAAAAAAAUCGAAGGAUUUCAAUCAUAUGUAGAAAUGAACCUUAGAAAUUAAUAAAUAAAUAUUAACACAAUUUGUCAUAGUUCUGUCAUAGGCUGUUCAUAUGAGUAAAUGAUAAUUACCUAGCAAGAAAAUUUAAUUAAAGGAUAGUUAAACA